AUGGGGAGUGUAGGGAUCAGCUCAUCAGACAGAACCAGCCACUUUCAAAUAGAAGCCCCAAGCAUCACUUCAGGACCUGAGGUGUUCAUGUUCAUUCCAAUGCUGGUUCCUCCUCUCUCUGCCAUGCUGGGGUUGGAAGACAAUUUCUUCAGAGGCCCCUGCCCGUCUUCGACACAGAUGAGCUCAGCACGUCAGAGUCUUUCCUGCCUGAGCCUCAUCCUUCUUGUCUGGAACCAAGUGCCAGGGCUCCAGGGUCAUGAGUUCCGAUUUGGGCCUUGCCGAGUGGAAGGGGUGGUUCUCCCAGAACUGUGGGAGGCCUUCUGGGCUGUGAAGAACACCGUGCAAGCUCAGGAUGACGUCACAAGUGUCCGGCUGCUGAAAGCACAGGUUCUUCAGAAUGUCUCGGAUGCUGAGAGCUGUUACCUUGUCCACAGUCUGCUGAAGUUCUACCUGAACACUGUUUUCAAAAACUACCAUAGCAAAAUAGCCAAGGUCAAGAUCUUGAAGUCAUUCUCCAGUCUGGCCAACAACUUUAUUGACAUCGUGUCAAAACUGCAGCCUAGUAAGGACAAGGACAUGCUUUCCAUUAGUGAGAGUGCACACCGGCGGUUUAUGCUGUUCCGCAGAGCGUUCAAACAGAUGGACACAGAAGUGGCUUUAGUGAAAGCCUUUGGGGAAGUGGACAUUCUCCUGACCUGGAUGCAGAAAUUCUACCAGCUCUGA